UUCUGUAAAGAUCAAGGAAGUACAUAUUUAAUCUUAUCAGUCUAAAUUGUGACUCGUAAAAAGACGUUUAUUAAAACCAAGUGUGCUGACGCAUUAUAAAGUAAACAUUGCUAUCUUAAACGAACCUCUAGCUGAUAAAUUGCUUUGUCAAAUACAAACUUAUCAUUGCCAACUCAUUGAAUUUGAAUGGGGAACAUAAUCAGAUGACGUAUGUGGCAUGUUCAUUGUAAUAUAAGUAUUAACUGUGCAUCCAUGUCAGCCAGCAAAUAAUUCAAACUUAUUUGUUAUCAGGAACUUGGAUACAAUUAAGAACAAAGAUCAGGAUGCUUAAUCUUGCUGAACGACAUUAACUGUCCUGUUAACGGGGUGGUCGGUACAAUCGCUUCUCUUCAAGGCCACCGGGUUAAAUCUCCGCUCUCGGCGCAUGUGAGUUAGCGCAGGUGACCCAUCAACAUGCCAGGGUCGUCCAGCAAACAUUCCAAGAAGAAGGAGCUCUACAUAGCCAAAAACAUGGGGGAGUUAGACAAAAAGGCAGAGCUGCCCGCCAAAAUGAUAACAAACAAUGCAAAAAUCCUGGUGAAGACCGCUGACAAGAUUCUUAAGGAAGCUGAACAUAGUGACCUGAUGGAGGACGAGGAACGAGCCUACGUUCUCUUCAUGAAGUACUUUAAUUUGGUCACCUUCCUCAAGAAAACUGCUGACUAUAAAAAGGAGAAGACCUACUAUUACAACCUCCUCGGUGCCAAGAAUCUGAUGUCAGCCAUUGAAAAGGCAGAGGAACUCUCUGGAAGUCUGAAAGAGAGAUACGACCUGUUGGAAGCAGAAGUGGUUGCCAACAAACUGGCAUUUCUGAAGAAUUGGAAACCCUCUGAGCCUCAGCAGCCUGGACAAAAGAAGGACAACGAUGUGUCUACAGCCACGAUAUACGGCAGGAAAAAAGAGGACCAGAAUACAAAUGGGGAACUGGAGAGCCCUUUGCCCCCAAAGUCCAAUCCAGGCAAGCUCACCUGUGCCCAGCUGAACCAGAUAUUGGAGGACCGAGACACCCAGCUGAUACUGAUGGAUGUGAGGUCAAUAGAGGACUUCCAGGAGUCCAGACUCACCCACAAAGCCAUCAUCAAUGUGCCAGCAUCAGCAGUAAAACCUGGGACGACGGUGUCGUACAUAGAGAAGGCCCUCCCCAUGGACUCACUUUCACUAUGGAAGCAGCGAGGUAACAUUGAUCACAUUGUUCUAUUGGACUGGACCUCGAGGUUCGAGAACGUGAAGAUUGGAAGCACACUACAUACACUGAAAGAUGCACUGUUUAAGUAUGACAGUACAGUGAUCAUCAAGAGCGAGCCGCUCAUCCUGGACGGGGGAUAUGAACAGUGGAUGCUGGAGUACCCCAUGAAGUGUCUCAACCCGUCCUUUGACAAGAUAUCCAGGCCAGUUGUACAGGACACGCAGGCGGGACUGUUGGAUUUUGACGACCCCGACUAUGACCAGGAAUGCCUGCAACCCACAACAGCCGAAGUUAAACCAGCAGACACCACAACGAAUUCAAGUUCAUUAGACAGCAUCAGUGGCUUUCAAAAUGGAGGCUUAACAACACCAAGUGGUAAAACAACCAUCAAUAGGUUUUUAAAAUCCACUGUUGAUCGAUCUACAAAAUCCAAAGUUACAAAAAUAAGUGUGAAAACAAAUUCUAAUGUGUCUGAAUCUUCAUCAAGUUUUCUAUAUCCAGAUGUCAGGUCUGCAGCAACCAGCAAGCCAGCCAAUCAGAAUCAAGGUUCUACAAAUCCUGAUUUCAGGGCCGGAUUUUUUAAUGUUACAUAUACUGACACCAGGGCAGACAAUCAAAGGACUGAGCACAUUGAAAAUAAAACUGAAUUAGAUCCAGCAACAGGUUUGAGUAGAAUUUCCAGUGAAAUAUCUAAAGAUCUUCAGGAACUUGAAAGGCAAAAGAAAAUCAAGGAAAAGGAGUUUGAAGACAUGAGGGUGCAGAGUGAGAGAUUGAUUGAGGAAUCACAAGCCAGACUGGAGAAAAUGAGAGAAGAGGAGAAAAGUCUCUCACAUUUGGAAGAAAUGAAGAAAAAAGAGCAAGCAGAUAUGGCAGACCUUAUGAGGUUAAAGAGGCGUCUUCAGCAGAAAAUGGACGAGGAAAAACAGAACACCAGAACACAGGAACUGAGGAAAGAUCGGGAAGAAGAAAACAGACAACAAGAAUCGCGUGCUGAAGAGGAUCAGAGGAGAAGACAGGAAGAGGUGGAAAAACUGAGACUGGAGAGAAAGAGAAAGGAGCAGCAAGAGGAAAUAGAGCAAAAGAGAAAACAACAACAAGAGGAAACAGAGCAAAAGAGAAAACAGCAGCAAGAUGCAGAAAUUCAAAGAAAAAGGAUAGAAGAAAGAGAAUUGCAGGAUGCUCAGUUGAGGGCUCGUGAAGAGGAAGAGCGCAGGCAAAGGGAGAUGACUGCUGCAGAGGAGGCGACAAAAAAUCUCCGUCUGGAACAAGACAAUAAGGACAAGGAGGAUGCUCAGAGACUUCAGAUAGAGGAGAGGCUGUGCAGAGAGAGAGAGAUUGCUGCCAGAGCAGAGAGAGAGAGAGAGAGAGACAGACCGCCCUGGAGGAACAGCGGAGGAAACAGGCUGAGAUCGACAGAAAGAAAGAGAAGCAAAGAGAAAUAGCCAGGGAGGAGCUCAUACCCAUGCCAACCAAGAGACGAGAUCUGAACCCCAUAUAUGGAAGUGUGGAUCGUGCAUUAACGGGUCUACGUAACCUCGGCAACAGCUGCUACAUGAACAGCACCAUCCAGUGUCUGAACAACACUUCACCGUUG